AGGGAAGAGGCAGAAAAGGCACUCUUUAGAGCAUUGGAAAUUAUUAAUUCCAAGAAUGAGGAAAGAGUGGAUUUUGAGGAAAACCGGACAACAAAACGAAUUCAAAAGGAGGAUGAUGACAAGCUAACCUUUGAUGACAAAUCAGAGACAGAUUCAAAUGAUGAGGUACAUUUUGACGGCAGCAAAGUAUUCGAUCCAAAAUUCGUAUUAGCAGACAGGAGCCAUAUAAGUAUAAUAUCAUCAGACGAUUCCUCUCAAGAAACUGAUGACGAAGAGGAUAUACCUCUAGAAGAAUCACUUGUCUUUGCCUCCAUCAGUUCAGAAAUUUGGACUUUGCCUUCAGGUCAAACUGUUGGUAACAUCUAUGCUAGUAAAAUAUUUAAGAAUACAAGAGCAACCAAAAAUAAGAAGAAAUUAACGGCUGUUGAGAAAGCCAUACUGCGUUACGGUGCAUCAAAUAUAAUUGAUUUGUCUGCUCACAUGAAGGAAUGGGGAGAAUCUUUUUGCCCAUUAAGUAGGAGUACAAACUACACCAAUGGACGUAAAUAUGAUGUUCGCUUCCUAUUAGCAUCAGGAGUUGACGUCGGAGAGUGGGAAUUUUCCGCAAAAGUUAUAGCAAAUAAGACUAUUGGUGAUAGAUGCCAUUCCACUCGAAUAAAUCAAUCGAUUUUAAAUGGAUUACUAGAAUAUAAUCUUAAUAAUGAUCAAGUUAAAAAUAUCCAAGUUCCCUUUUUGCAAUUUGGUGGUACAUGUGGACAAUUGUUGGUUGAAGAUUUAGUGGAAGAUUUUUAUAUUGUCUUUUCUGGGCCAAAGUUUGAAUUGCCUAUAAAACUUAAAGAUAUUGAAAAACUGAAAAAUACUAUCAAUAUUAUCAAGCUAGUUAUAAAAAUAUAUGAAAGAACAUGCAAAACAAUCGAAAACCUAGAAACAUUUUAUCACAAAUUUGAUGAUGUAUUUAAUGGAGAUUACCAAAACAAGCCUACUCAUUUUAAAUACAAAUAUAUUCAAAGAUUAUGGAGGACCCCAAAAAAUUCUCUCUGUUUUAAAAAUAAUGUUUAA